AUCCCAUUUCGCAGUAAAAGAGAAAAACACAAGAAAAGAAAAGAAAAGAAAGUGACCGGAAAAAGAAAAUAUGAACUGAGAAAAAAAAAAAGAAAAAAACGGUUUCCAUUUCCCAUUUUCAUAUUAUAUUCUCCCACUGUUCUUCUUCUACUCCUUAUUAUUAUGAUUAAGCCAAAUUAGCGAAUUGGACUUUAUUGACCAGAGCAGCAACCAAAAUUUGACCCAUUCACCCCCAAAUUUCUUCUAUUACCAAAAGGUUCUUUCUCUCCGUUUUUUUUUCUUUCUUUCCAACUUUACCCUCUCUUUCCUCCACCAUGGACCCGCCGGAGAACACCGGCCCCGGUGGGCUCGACUCCGCCCAGAAAAUCAUUCUCCGAUGGGACUCCACCGCUUCCGAAGAAGCCCGUGACAAGAUGAUCUUCGACGGUGACCGUCAAGAAAUCGACAAGUACUUACACGCCGUCGAUGAAAUCCAGCGCUCACUGGAAUCUUGCAACAUCUCAUCCUCCUCCUCCUCUUCCGCCGGGCACGACGGAGGCGAUGACCAUGCCGUCCAACCCAACAACGCGAUCCAGAUCGCUAUGGCCCGACUGGAAGACGAGUUUCGCAAUAUCCUCAUAGCUCAGACGUCUCCGGUGCCGGAAGCUGACUUGCUCGCCGAUCUGAACGCUUCCUUCGCCGGAGGCUCCAGCAGGACCAGCACCAGCUCCGAAAUCAACUUGACCUUGGCGGAAUACGACGAGUUGCUCGCCGCCGGCGGCGUUGGCUCUGAGACGCCUCGCCGGAGGGAUUUUGAUCAUCAAGAGAGCGGGAACAGUAGCAACUACAGAUCGACAAAUAGCAUCCGGCAGAUUGAUCUGCUCUCGGCAGAUGCAGUCUACGAUCUCCGGAGCAUAGCGGAGAGGAUGAUUGCCGCUGGGUGGGCCCGGGAAUGCAUCCAAGUUUACGGCGGCGUACGGAAAGCAGCAAUCGACGCUAGUUUGCGGAAACUUGGGAUUGAGAAACUGAGCAUCGGAGACGUCCAAAAGCUGGAAUGGGAAAUCUUGGAGAAGAAAAUCAAGAAAUGGAUAAGGGCUGCAAAAGUGGCCAUCAGAAUACUAUUCGCUUCCGAGAAAAAGCUCUGUGAAGAAAUCUUUGAGGGGUUAGGGACCGCCACGGAUGAUUCUUGUUUUAUGGAAACUAUUAAAGGCCCCGCAGUUCAGCUUUUUAAUUUCGCCGAAGCUAUAAGUAUAAGUCGCCGGUCGCCGGAGAAGCUGUUCAAGAUACUGGAUCUCCACGAUGCUAUAUCGGACUUGUUGCCGGACAUUGAAGUCGUGUUUGAAUCGAAAUCUUCCGAGUCGAUUCGGGUUCAAGCCGUGGAGAUAUUGUCUCGUUUGGCUGAGGCAGCAAGAGGGAUAGUUUCGGAAUUUGAAAAUGCUGUUCUCCGGGAACCGUCUAGAGUUCCGGUGCCCGGAGGAACAAUCCAUCCGUUAACUAGGUACGUGAUGAAUUACAUCAGCUUAAUUUCAGAUUACAAGCCCACUUUGAGUGAAUUAAUCGUGUCAAAGCCAUCCACUGGUUCGAGGUAUAAUCCGGGGGAUGAUCCGAAUAACACCCCUGAUUUGGAUUUGACGGAAUUCGAGGAAGAAAAAACACCGUUGGCCCUUCACUUGAUUUGGAUCAUUGUGAUUUUACAAUUCAACCUGGAUGGCAAAUCCAAGCACUAUAAAGAUACUUCCUUGUCACAUUUGUUCAUGAUGAAUAACGUCCAUUAUAUUGUUCAGAAGAUUAAAGGGUCGCCUGAAUUGAGGGAAAUGAUUGGAGAUGAUUAUUUGAGGAAACUGACUGGGAAAUUCAGGCAGGCUGCUACGAAUUAUCAAAGAGCGACUUGGGUUCGGGUUUUGUAUUGUUUGAGAGAUGAAGGGCUUCAUGUGAGUGGGAGUUUUUCAUCAGGGGUGUCUAAAACUGCCCUAAGGGAAAGGUUUAGGUCGUUCAAUGCCAAUUUUGAAGAAGUUCAUAAGACUCAGGCGACUUGGUUGGUUCCAGAUGUUCAGUUGAGAGAGGAGCUGCGAAUUUCAAUAUCUGAGAAGUUGAUACCGGCUUAUCGGUCUUUCCUGGGACGAUUCAGGAGCCACAUUGAAAGCGGGAGGCAUCCAGAGAACUAUAUCAAGUAUUCUGUGGAGGAUCUUGAGAACUCAGUUUUGGAUUUCUUCGAGGGACACCCUGUUUCUCAGCACACGAGAAGGAGGUCUCAGUAAAAAGGAUGGACGAAUGAAUGGAUACGUAGACACGCAUCCAUUUUUUAUAGUGUAGGGAGAAAACACUAUUCUUUGAAUUUUUUUUCUGUUGAGUGCUUGGGUUGUUGGGAUGUGUUGGAUGGAUUAUGCUUACAUAUGGAAAACAUUGGUGGCUGCUUCCGAGUCUGAUGAGAUAUUUAUCAUAGACAGGAUCCAAACUUUGCAGCAAGGAGCUUUAUUAGAGUUUUGUGUAUUCCAUUGAUCAGUCUGGAUAUCCAUCAAUCUUCCUCCCCCGCCUGAAUGCUUCAGCAAAAUUGUAAGCAUGGUGUUGUUGUUUUGUAUCACUUUUCUUUUUUUCCUUACGGUUUUUUUAGAUUGGUUCAUUUGUUCAUAUGGGAAUUUUUCUUGUAACAUCCUGCUGUUGAACACUUUGUAUGAUGCAAGUUUAGAACAAAAGUUAGGAAAGGCCUUAAUAAAAUCUCUAUUCCGCAUCACUGUGACAACAAACCAUCAGAUAUUUUAUCAUACCUUCUAUUUUUCAGAAGCUGAAACUGUGGCCAAAGUAUCUUCACAAUUUCUCGUCCUUCCUUACUAGUUGGUUAGCUUUAUGCUCAGAAUUUGGUUUUCUUCACAAUACGAUUGGCAAUUGUAGUAAAUACAAACGUUACCUGUUGUUAGUUGAUAAUUAUUUGGCCAAUAAGAAAUUCAAUUCUGACAGGAUAAACUCAGCGUUGAAAUUUUAAGGUUGGUCCUUACCGAUUCUAAGUAGUUCAGAAAUUGAUCUGAGGUGAUAGGAAAUUCCUUACCAAAUUUGGCCCUGGAUCUAAUAGUUACACUUCAUAUGUAGUUCAGUAGUAUAGUCCUGGCAUUUAUGCUAACCUCACUGUGGUGAAACCAUUCUGGUGUUAUCCAGAUGAUUUUGAGAUGACAGAAAGAAGAAAAACAGAAGCAGAAGUGUUGACAAGCUUUCAUUCAGUGGCUUCUUUCACUGGGUCAGUAAGGGAAAACCUGAACUCCCAUUUUAGGUUUAUUGAAAUUGUUUGAACUGGCAGCAAAACCAUAUGUAUCAUUGGUUUUUUUUUUUUUUUUUUUUUUUUUGGCUAGCUCUUUAUCAUUUUCACUUAAAAUAGUUGAACCUAGGACCCAAUUGAUUUGUUUUGCAUGAUCUUCUUAUUUCCAUGAAGUUUGGGAAACAUUUCCUGGUAAUUUCAAC